CUCAGGACGUCUCGCGAGACUUCGCACAUGCUCCGUUUCGGUUUCCUCUAAAGUCUGCUGCUCCGGACUGUCACUCUCAGUACAAUGCUUAUAUUUUCGAGUAACAGUAUUAAGCCACCUUAUAGUAUGGGCCAUUUAAGAAACUGAACGUAUGAGGUUUGCCGGCAUGUCUCCUUGAAGACCCACUCAUUGAAAAUGGCAGCAGUAGCUGGAGUGAGGGUGCUCCUGCACCUCCACCUCCACCGAUCGGCAGCCCUGCAGUGCAGCUUCGCCCUCUUUCCUGUACAGCUUGCAUCGACCCGCCUUCCCAGGAGGCUUUGCACCGUCACUGGGAAAAUCAGCGAGGCGAAGCUGGUGGUGCACUCGGAGAAUGAGUCUCUGCUGGAGAACCUGAACCUCAUGGGGGUGGACGUGAAGAUGGCCCGCCAGCGCCAGCCCGGGGUGUUUCGUAAAGUCAUCACCAAUGAGCACGGCCUUGCCCAGUUCCUGCAGACCAAAGGGGCCAGCCGCAAAGUGAUCGCCAGCAUCAUAUCUCGCUUUCCCCGCGCCAUCACCCGCUCAGUUGACCACCUGGAACAGCGCUGGGAGCUGUGGAGAAACAUCUUUAAGAGCGAUGAGGAAAUCGUGAGCAUCCUAGAUCGCUCGCCCGAGUCUUUCUUCCGGUCUAGUGACAACAAGAACUUAGAGGAGAACAUAAUGUUUCUGACCUCACUAGGACUCAACUCCAAAGACCUCCACCGGCUGCUGACCACGGCGCCGCGGACCUUCUCCAACAGUGUAGAGCUCAACAAGCAGAUGGUGGAGUUUCUGGAAGACGUCUGUGCAGAACUCGGUGGAAAGGAUCCAGAACAGUUUGCUAAAGCUAUCCUGUCCAGAAACCUGUAUAUUUUCAUUCGAAGCACUAAAAGGGUUAAGAAAAACAUUGACAUUUUGAAAGCUGCUCUCAAGUUUAGCGAUGCUCAACUACUAGCUCUUCUGCAAGGCCCUGGGGCCGAAAUCCUGGACCUUUCCAACGAGUAUCUGAAAAAGAACAUCAAAAGCCUUCAACAGAAAAUGGUUUUGCUCGGUUGUCGGAAAUCUGACAUAAAAAAACUGAUAGUCACCUACCCAAUGGUGCUAUAUAUCGGGACAGAAACACUAAAUUCAAAACUGGAUUGUCUCCUGAAUGGAGGAAUAACAGUGCAGCAGAUACUGGAGAAGCCUAAAGUUCUGGAUUAUAGCACCCAAAAUAUUAUGGGGCGACUGGAGGAGCUGCAGCGGGUGGGAUAUGACUUCAAAAAGCAUGGCAUCAACAUCCUGGACACCAGUCGAAAGCGCUUUGUUGCAAAGAUAGAAAAACUUUCCGCCUCACCAGAUGAGUGAAUGUAUGUCAGCAUGUCGGAUGGUGAAGGAUGCCAGUUUUUUUUUUUUUUUCUAAGUCAGUUUCAGGAUCAGUUUCUCAGUAAAGCUUUUUAAUCAUCUAAGAACUACAAAAAAUCAAAAUAUCCAACUGUAUUCCCUUAAAUGUCAUCUCAUUGUAAGACUUUGUUAUAUUUUGUGAUUUAAUGAUGAAAAAGUUUUUCAAUAAGAUUUACAGUUGCUUAAAAAGUGGCACUCCUUCAUUAUUCAGUUGUUGCACUGAGAAUUAUUUCAAAAAGCAGAUUAUUUUAUUUUUGUUUGUCUGUUUGCUCAAGUUGGCUUCAUGCUGGAAAGGAUGUUCUUGACAUUCAUAUGGAAAGUUAUUGUCCAAAUAAAGACCUGUUACAUUU